UGAAGCACCUGAUUGGUCAGAGCUCCAGUUCUGCACAGGAAGUGUGACUAAAGUUUAAUAGUUUACAUCCGGGACGCGUUUGUUCCUCCGCCGGCUUGUGAAGAAAACCCCCGAGGAGUGUGAGGUUAGAGUCCUCUGUCCUGAGACAGGAAGUGGAGUGAGACAGGAAGUGGAGUGAGACAGGAAGUGGAGUGAGACAGGAUGGAUCUCAGGCCGUUGCUGCUGUGCGUUGCGCUUUGUGUGGCUCACAUCUCCACUAAACCGAUGGAGAAGAAGGACCGAGUCCAUCACGAUGCUCCUCUCAGCAACAAGGAGCACGACGACGAGGAGAAUUUCGACUACGACCACGAAGCCUUCCUCGGCCAGGAGGAGGCAAAAACCUUCGACCAGCUCACACCAGAAGAGAGCAAAGAUAGACUCGGUAAAAUUGUCAAUAAGAUCGAUGAGGAUCAUGACGGCUUCGUGACGGUGGACGAGAUGAAGAACUGGAUUAAACACGCUCAGAAGCGCUGGAUUUAUGAAGACGUGGACCGACAGUGGCAGGCUCACGACCUCGAUUCAGACGGACACGUGUCCUGGGAGGAGUACAAGAACGCUACAUACGGCUACGUCCUCGAUGAGUCAGACCCUGAGGAUGGGUUUAACUACAAGCAGAUGAUGAGCAGAGACGAGCGCCGCUUUAAAAUGGCGGAUAAAGACGGAGACAUGCGGGCGAAUCGCGAGGAGUUCACGGCGUUCCUCCACCCUGAGGAGUACGGCUACAUGCAGGACAUCGUGGUUCUGGAGACGAUGGAGGACAUUGACAAAAAUGGAGACGGGUUCAUCGACCUGGAGGAGUACAUCGGUGAUAUGUACAGUCAGGAUGGAGACUCCACAGAGCCCGAGUGGGUGAAGACGGAGCGAGAGCAGUUCACAGAGUUCAGAGAUAAAAAUAAAGAUGGACGGAUGGACAAGGAGGAGACGAAAGACUGGAUUCUGCCAUCAGACUACGAUCACGCCGAGGCUGAGGCCAAACACCUGCUGUACGAAUCAGACGCAGAUAAAGACGGACGGCUCACGAAGCAGGAGAUUGUGGAUAAAUACGACCUGUUCGUCGGGAGUCAAGCGACGGAUUUCGGCGAGGCUUUAGUAAGACACGACGAGUUUUAAUCCCCAAACCUCUGCGCAUGAAGAAAAGCGAAAUGGACUGUAAUUUAUUUCCUGAUUCCUCGUAAACAAUCUCAAUCGUGCAAACUUCCAUAACUGAGAGUUAUGUACAGUUACAAUUUUCUAGUUUUUUUUUUGGAAAAGGAAAUAAUCAGUGAUGAAAUUAGCUCGUUUUUACGUUGGACGUUUUAAGUUCAUUCCUUAGAUAGAUGCAUAAUUGUGUGUGUGUGUGUGUGUGUGUGUUUGUGUGUUAAUGCACUGAACACUUAAAGUAUUCCGAAUUCAUUUUGUAUAAACGCUUUUUUGGAGUGUUCAGGUCUCUGAAGCCGAGUGCGGAAGGAUUUUGCUGCAUUACGGAUCGUGUACUCCGUCUCUACGGCAUGCGAUGAUGAAAUAUAGGAUUGUUUGUGUAGCGAAUCUGCUGAACGUCACAGUUAUUUUGUCACUACACGUAAUGGUGCUUAUUAAGAGUACUGUUCACAAGCGGAGCAUUAACCACUGCGUACAUUUUACUAACAAUAUUUUAGGUUGAAGCAGAUUUAUUGUGUUAAGUCCUUCAUAUGUGUGCUAUAAUGUAUUAUAAUGAGGCAUUGCUGCUUUUUUUUUUCCUCGUCACUACAUUCUCUUCCUGAAUCAUGAGUUAAAUGAUGAACACGGUCAAACCAACAUUUCCUUUUUUUUUAGUGCCUUUUUUAUUUUAUUCACAUUUUCAGUCGGAAAAUUCACAGUGUUUCCCGGGCUUCCUUUUCCAAAUGAAUUUUUGGAAUUUUUCCGCAGUGCGUCUGUAUGACUGAAAUAAAAUCUUCUGUCCAGGUUUGAAGUUUCUGUACAUACCUGUGUGUUUAAAUUGUAAACUGUAUGCAGUGAAUUGUGACACACCUGAGUGUCCUGCACCUGAGAGGCUUUUCACAAUAAAAUAUAUAAAAAACA